UGCGGGUCCUAUGCCUACGUUGUCUGUAAACAUAAAUAGUCUCAGAGAGAGAGAGAGAGAGAGAGCGCGACUGAAACGUGACUUCUUGACUGCAACUUGAAGCUCAAAAAGAAAAAUCAAUAACUCACGCAUCCUGAGCUAUGCCUAUUCUAUAUACAGAGAGUAGAGACUGAGUAAAAAUGUUACAGAUACAACGCAUUGCAUGAUGUGCACGGAAAAAUUCCCAUUGUAGGUUCCUCAUCAACAGCAAAAUUCUAUGGAUUACGAAAGGAUCCAAAAGCCUCAGGGCGGUGGGGGGUUUUCACCAGGGAAGUUGAGGACUAUGCUACUGGGAGUAGAGAAGAAGAGGAAGGAAAAGGAAGAUCCUGAAUCUAAAUUUGCUUUGAGAUCUCAACCUUCUGACUUUGAUGAAGCUGGGGGUGGCGGUUCUGAUAACUGCAAAGAUGUAGAUGUUGUUAGUGUCCUUCCUGAAUGCUCGACUUCGACUGCUGCUGACUCUGUAGGCUCAGAGAUGCUUAGUGACCGUAGAUUGAAGGAUAACACAUCAGUCAAUUCCAGAGUUAGGAACCAAGAAGACCCUUCUUUAGAUUAUGAUAGUGGGCAUGAUGCUGUGUGUGUGUCCUCAUCCAUAUUUGAGUUUCAGAAGGCAGAGCGUGCCCCACAAAGAGUGCCUCUUGCGCCCUUCUCCAAACCAGCACCAUCCAAAUGGGAUGAUGCACAGAAGUGGAUAGCGAGUCCAACUUGGAACCGCCCAAAGAUGGGGCAGGCUCAAAUGCAGGGUGGGCAAGGAGUUGGAUCGAGAAAGGUGGGUAACUUUGGUUAUGGGAGUCGACAACCGACCACAAAGGUUGUUGUUGAAGUUCCAGAUCAAAAAAUAGCCAUUUUUGAAGAGCCUGAUACGAAACGAAUAGACACAAAUCAAGCUAAGAUGGAAAGUGGGGGGAAGAAGUUUGUUAGUUGGGAGUCUGACCCAUAUCCCAUUGCUGAUUCGUAUGGCAAACCUGUGCUCAUGAUUGAGAACUCUGUUGGAGAGUCAGCAAUCAAUCUUAGUCAGCAUGAUGCUUCUGCAGCCUUGCAUGGAACAACAACAUUUAUUCCUCCCCCUUCAACAGCAAGGUCUGUGUCAAUGAGAGAUAUGGGUACAGAGAUGACACCUAUUGCUAGCCAAGAACCCUCCAGGACUGGAACUCCUGUGGGGGCAACAACACCCAUUCGCAGUCCUACUAAUUCAAGGCCAUCAACUCCUGGCAGAGCUGCACCAGCUUCAUCUCUGAUUGACCAAGAGGCUAACAAGGAGUUGUCUGAAAAGGAGUUACAAAUGAAAACUAGGAGAGAGAUAAUGGCUCUCGGGACACAGCUAGGCAAGAUGAACAUUGCUGCCUGGGCUAGCAAAGAGGAGGAUAAGGAUGCAUCUACGUCAAUGAGAACUGUACCAGCAGAACAACCGGGUAAAAGUGUUAUUGAGACACGUGCAGCAGCUUGGGAGGAGGCUGAGAAAGCCAAGUAUAUAGCUAGGUUCAAACGGGAAGAGUUGAAAAUUCAAGCAUGGGAAAACCAUCAGAAAGCAAAAACAGAAGCCGAGAUGAGGAAGAUUGAGGUCAGCUGGGCGGGACUGAUCAUCUAACAUUGUAAGACUAUAGCCCAAUGUUACCUGGAACAUAAAGACUGACCGUGCUAAACUGCAAGAGGGUGGCUCCUGAUGAAGAAUGCACUCUCUAGAGCUUCAUCCCCUAAAGUCUCAGUGCACUUGCUCAUUGUGGCAUAAUGCAAUGCAGACAUGUGAGAGAUCCUGUUAGGCAGCAGAUACUGUUUUGCCCAACAGCUUUUAUGAGGUGGAAUCAGAAGGCAUGCCCUUCUAAUUUUCUGAUAAAUUAAUUAUUUCAUACUUCAGUUUCUCCUUCUCAUAAGGCAUACAAUCCAUCUUUGCGUUUGAAAAUUGUUCAAGUUUAUUUUUGUAUGGUAGCCAUCUUUCUUUAGGUCUUUGUUGUUGUCAGGACAAAAAAUGGUUGAACGCCAGCCUUCUCACAGGUUGAGUUGCUUGGGCUGUGUUUUACAUAUAUCAUGUUGGUUGGUUAUUUGAUUUGCUCAAAUACUUAAAAAGAGUGUAAAGUAACAGGCUUUCCUCACUAAAUAUAGAAAAUCAUCAGCUUCAAAGACUUGUUAGCUAACUUGAACUUCUAAUCUAUGAAUCCUAUUGGAAAUUAUGCAGUUUCUUGAUACUGACAAUCGUUGC